CAAAAAAUCACAUCGACGUAUUUAAUCAAAAUUCAACGAGAUUAUGACAUAAACGACGUCCCUUGCUAGCUGGGUAGUUGAAUACCGAAGUAAUAGACAGAAAUUUAAUGUGUAAAAAAUGCUGUCGUAUAUCAUUACUCCAAAGUUUGGAGACAUUUUUGGAGAUUACUGGAUACAAGGACCAUUUUUCAGUGAUGGGCAUACAUUGUGCGGUUGCAUGUAUGGCACUUCUGUCAGGAUUCUUCUUGCCAUUAAAUUACUAUUAUAUCAGCAGUCAACUAUAAUACAUACGUGAAAAUUCUUAAUUAAAAAGAUGCAGAAGAUGAUGACAUAUAAUAAUUAAUGACAAUGACAGCUCAAUUGGAUAUUCGAUUAGGGAUAUAUUUCAAAUUAAAUACUAAAUUUAAAGGUUUUAUUUAAUAAUUACCCAUCUAAGUCAUUAUCCAAAUCCCCGGUCUUCUUGAAGGAUGGCGACGGAGGAUAACGGCAAUAUUAUGGCAGGACUAUUCAAACCGACUUCGAGUAGCAACGAGGAUCUCAGCGAAUACACAGAUGCUGACGAAAGCAUUUCAGCUCCCACGGAAAUUUUAGCGGAGUUUUUAUCCGCCGUUAUGUUGAAGGAUUACGUGACAGCACUUAAAUACUGCAAACUAAUUCUGCAAUACGAACCGGACAAUAGCACGGCGAAGGAAUUUUAUCCCCUCAUUCUAGAAAAGCUCCAGCCACUAAAUAACGAUGAAGGAGGCAGUAACAGUGAGGAUGAAGAAGGAAGUGAUGAUAGUACGAGCUCUAGUACGGACUCAGAAAAUACGACUUCAGAAGACAGCAGUGAUGGCCAAAUGGAAGAAGAAGACGGUAUGAUGGUAGGUAAUAGUGGAGGAAACAAACGAUCCAAAGGUUCAUCAGAGGGCGAUGGUACAACGGGAAGCUAUUCAAGUCUCGAGGACGACGAAGCUGAAACUGUCGACCAGUUAGCAGCUCUGGCCGCUCGAUAUCAAAUCGACAACGUCAAUCUUGGCAAUGGAAACAAAAUAUAUAAUACGCAGCAGCUGUCCUCGAACCUUACCUACCAAAACAAAGCGGCUAUGGGCAAAAAUAAGUCGGCACCUCUGACCGGAAAUGUCAACACGGCGACUCACGGUCAGAAUCAGAAGGGAAACAACCCAUUUCCGUUUGGAACCAGUUCAGACUCAGAAUCUCCAACGGAACCGGUCAGCCAAAAAACCGUAGCUAUGCUCAGAGCUAAAGUGGUGCCAAAUCAAAUUUAAAUUGUAUACAAUUGUGUAGAAGUUAUUUAGACAUUUGAAAUCCGUGAGAUAUGAAUAGUUAAUUAAAUUUACAAGCCGAGGUGCUUACAAUAUUUUUCAUACUACUAACAACAUUACAAUCGGUCUUUUCACCUUUAAGCAAAGAGGAAAGUCACUUCGUGCUGAUACUUUACUUGGAACUCCGGUCUUUUCAGGUAUUUGUGUCCGUCAACUGGCAAAUUAAAACUUAUUUGAAAUAAAUCGAUGCUUUUAUAUUGGUUACUACAAUUUUUAUGUCAUAUUUCUGUCAGGGAGGUAAGAAAUUUGUAGUUAUUUUUAAACUGAAAGAAGGCAUUUUAUACAGAAAAGACGUGAAGUGAAGUAAGAGAGUAAGAUUUUUUGAUGUAAGAAAAAUGACUAUUUUGAUAUUUAAAUAAUAAUAGACGUUUGUAAUAAUAUUAAUACCUAUUUGACGAGGUUUAAAAUCAUGAUCUAUUAAUUCCAGUAUUUUACAUCGGGUUUAAGCUAAAGAUCUUAUCAGAUUAUUACUGCCAAAAUUAUGUCUCAUCAAAUUGAUAUUAAAAUAUUUUCAAGAUUUAGACGCAACAAAAAUAGCUGACUAUUAUUAAAGUCUUUAUGUAUUACCCUUAAAUAUUCCAUAUUUAUAUUUUGUAACUAAUCAUUUGUUUAUCCUCGACCAAGGGUGUUAAGUGAAACUUUUCUGACGUUGGUAGACGUCAAAAAAAAAACGAGUGACAAUUUCAAAGCUAAUAGUAGUAUGAAAAAGUUUUUAUUAGAGUCAGCAUCAUUCGGUUUAGAGAAAUGUCUACUUCACUUCUUCGAUCUCACGGAUUUUAUUAUAGAAUUUUCGUUUAUAAAGCGGGGUGAUUUGAAACUUAGUACUUACGUCAAAUUGGUAGAUGAAUUUUUCAUAAAAAAUAUUGAAUUUAAAUGCACAAAUAUUAGCACUAUGACAUGAAAUAUACUUUUUAUAAAACUUAUUAAAUAUUAAAUAGGUUUUUAAAAUUCAAACGGGAUAGAAAUAAGAGUCAGCUUACGGAAUAUGGAUAAAAUAUUUGAGAUGAACAUUUUCUUGGCUGUCUAUUGAAAAUAAAGAGACGACUACGAACAGGUGCAUAGGACGUUUACAAAAGUUUUGUAACGAUGUCAAAACGUUAGUUUUUCCAUUUGCUUUUUUUUUCUUUUUUAGAGUUCUGACCUGCUAUUUCAAUAUGAAUUGGAUUUAACUUCAUUACAGUAAUUGUAGCUAUUACAUUAUCUUGGGAACGUUAUGAGUAUUUUGUGUCCCUAAGUAAAAAAAAAUAUACAGUGUCCUGCAUAAAUACAAACACAAAAAUUUUUUUAUUCUAAUUUUCUUAGGGAAUGUUAUUCUUUUUAAAAAUUUUGAAUAGACACUAAAAAGUUUUUAAAUAUUUUGAUUAAUGUAAUUUUUUAAUUAGUAUAUAAACAAAUCUCAAAUUCUAAAAUACAUUUUUACUGCUAAUAUAUUAAUAUAGGAUAGGUUUUUCUGGAAAUAUACAGGAUAACUAAAGAAGUUCGUAUUUGGAA